ACCUCAACUGUCUCCAUGGUGAAGUUGGUGGCAGAUAUGUCGGCUCAGUUGCUACUAGCAGUGUGCCUGAUGGGGGCGACAUGGGUUAGAUCUCAAGGCUUACUGUCCCAAUGGUUUCUGGAUGAUCUGGAAGUAGAAAGAACUGAGGGCCCACAGGAAGAUCAUGACUAUAAAAAUGAGCAGACCUUUUAUCCAGCAGGUGCAGAUUCCUUUAUUAUGUCUCCCUAUGAAAUUGACAUCAUAGAACCAAAACAGCUAUCUGCUAGUGUUCCAGCGGAGCCCCUGAUUUAUUCCAUCACAAUUGCAAAGAAGCCUCUUACACUGUUCUUAAAGAAGCAGGUCUUUUUACCAAAGGAUUUUCAAGUAUAUAUUGAUGAUGAAGUGGAACCACCACUAUCAAGGUUCAUACGAAGCAUGAGUGAUUGCUAUUAUAGUGGACAAAUCCUGGAAUCGGGGGCAUCGUCUGUAACACUGAGAACGUGUUUUGGACUCCGAGGACUUAUAGAGUUUUCUAAUGAGAGUUUCAUCAUUGAGCCAUUCCAGCUUGCCCCUGGUUUUCUGCACCUCAUCUCCAGAAUGGAGGGCAAGUAUGGGGCAACAAUUUUCAUCUCGGAAAAUGAUACAGAUGUAAAAAGUCACAGCUAUCAGCUCCAGCUUUUCAGAGAGUUUCAGCCUUCUGCCCAGCUUAAAACAUCAAUUUUUGGGGUCAGACGUUAUCUGAAAGUCGCCUUAUUUGUAACAGUGGAUGUGUUCAAAGCACUGGGCGCUAGUCCAACAAAUGUCAUUACAAAUUUAAUGCAAAUAUUUAGCUACCUUAAUACGAAAUUUGCACCACUUAAUAUGGAAAUAUUUCUAUCUAGUAUUGAUCUUUGGACGGUGUCAAAUCUAUGUAGCAUAGUAAGAAGUACAAGUGACACACUAGAGAAUUUCAUUGUGUGGCUGUCAGGAAUACCCUUUAACUUGAGAAGUUACGAUGUCCCAUUACUAAUAGUUGGAGGACAUCAUACGGAAAUUGGCACAACAUACUUUGGACAGGUGUGCUCGCAUAACAAUGGAGCAGUACUUACGUAUCCAAAAGGAUUGUCCAUAGAGAAAUACUCCUGUCUCGUUGCUCAUAUCUUGGGCCACAAUCUGGGAAUGUUGCAUGAUAACUCCAGGGAAUGUACCUGCUCGGCUUCUGCUUGUAUAAUGGACGUGAACAUGAUGACUGCAGGCAAUGCAAAGAGCUUCAGCAGCUGUAGUUUGAAGGAUUUUCAGACUUUUGUUACGAGGACUGGGGCCCAUUGUCUCCUCAAACACCCUAACAUAAAUCCACUGGUGGACCCGUCCUUUUGUGGUAACAGAAUGCUGGACAGUGGUGAAUCCUGUGACUGCGGAACAAGAACUGAGUGUGACACCGACUCCUGCUGUGACCAUGCAACGUGUACUCUGAAGCUUGGAGCCAACUGUGGCAAUGGGGGGUGCUGCUCAAACUGCCAGAUCCUUCCAGCUGGGACACUGUGCAGGAAAGCUGUUGAUGAAUGUGACCUACCUGAAUAUUGCUCUGGAACAAAUGCAGCCUGUCCUGAGGAUUUAUUUCAGCAAAAUGGGAACCCAUGUGAUGAUAAAAGGAGCUUUUGCUACAGGGGAAUUUGCCAAAAUGCUGAUAUGCAGUGCAAACAGUUGUUAGGCCCAGCUGCAGGAAAUGCCGACCUGGAAUGCUACCAGGAGCAAAAUGUCAAAGGCAAUAGGUUUGGAAACUGCGGAGGUGUCAAGGGAUUUUAUGCAAGUUGUCACACAGCUGAUGUAUUAUGCGGCAAAUUACAAUGUAUGAUCACGGACAUAGAUACAGUAUACAAGGAAUAUCUGGCUCUCUCUUACUACACUACUGGAAAUCAUACCUGUGUGGCAGCGGAUUCUUUGACAGAUAAUUAUCCUCUUUGGGUAAAUGAUGGCACAAAGUGUGGUGAAAAUAAGAUAUGUAUUAAACAAAAGUGCACAAACAUCUCUAUCUCAGAUCUGACUUGUGAUCGGGGGACAACUUGUAAUUGGCACGGAGUAAGUAAGAUUUGUAACAAUAAACACAAGUGCCAUUGUGAUCCUGGCUGGAAACCCCCAUUAUGCACCACACCUGACGAUGCCCGGAGCAUUCAUUCAGGGCGUAUGGCAAAUGAUACUGGAAACAGUGGUGAAAACUGCUCAUAUAAUGAGAAAACACAUUUAAAGAACUGGCUACUAGUAGGAUUUCUGUUGAUAUUACCUCUCGUUCUCAUAAUAAUAUGUCUGAUUCUAAAGAAGUUUAUACUGAAAUUAUUCAGACGUGACCUAUAUGAAGAUGAGGAUGAAGAAGCUGUGAGUGGCGAACAGUGCUCUGAGUGCCCGGAAUCAGUUGAAGAGGAAACUCAGAAUUCCGAGGAGAAGCCGGAAAAUGUGAAGAGUGAUCUUUAAAUUAGUAUUGUAUGACUGUAUCCUACCAAACACAGACAAGGAACAACUAUACACACUGUUGUAGAUAAUGUCUUUAAUGAGGAUAUUUAUAUAUAAUGAGAAAUCUAGAGGUUUAAUUCCCCCAAAGCCAUUGGAAAAUACGAACAAUCCACCAACAAUAUGUAUGUUUAGAAAGUCCAAGAUGACCUCAUGCUGUAUGUACUUUCUGUCACCCAUCUGCUUUUAGCUGUAGAACGCAUAACUUUUAUUAUCAUUAGAUUUAUUUAAUGUCUAGAGCACAGGUUCUCAAACUCGAUCCUCAG